AUGGCUUUCCUCCUCCCUCCUCCGAACAAGACUCUUCACAGUAUCGAUGGUUGGAUCAUUCCACCUCUUGAUGGCUCCUUGACUGUACCAGAGAUCUAUGAUUUUCACUAUGAGAACAAUUCAAAUCAUGCAGUUUUCGCAUAUGGAAAUCCAGAAGGCGAUGGAAUCACUCUUGUCCCGUAUUCCGAAGUGAUCCCAGCGGCGCACAGAGCUGGAUGGUUAAUAGCAAACGCUGCGAACUUCGACUUGCGGCAGAAUCGUGCUGUACGGCCAUUAGUAGCUGUACUAGCUGCCAGCGAUACUAUAACAUUCUUUACGACGUUUAUUGGUAUGUUCCGUGCUGGUAUCCCUUUCUUGGCCUUGUCGCCACGCAAUUCGCCUGCUGCGCUCGCCCAUCUCUUGAGGACAACUGAACCGACACAUCUUUUCGUCAGUGCGGAUGCCUCUUUGCUGGAGCUCGCGAGGGACUCCUUCAAAUUUCUUGAUGGUAGUCAUGUCCCCGAGAUUGCUUAUAUGCCUUCCUAUGAAGAUCUAUAUAUCAAGAAUGGGUCGUUCAUCCGAUUGCCACCUCGUGGACAGGACUUGACCACCAGAACAGUCAUAGCUCACUCAUCGGGUUCGACUUCUUUUCCGAAACCCAGUGUCUGGAAUGACAAGAAAAUGGUAUCGUAUCAUUUCAUCCUUGCUUCUUACAUAGGGUUCGGCGACUAUAACUUCUGCGGACAGAUAUUCUCAUGCCAUUGUCUAGCGAUGUUUCAUAGUGCCGGUAUAAAUUUUAUCAACUGGCUAUCUACAACUGGUAUGAUCAUGGCUGUAUUCCCUCCAAGUUCUCCUUCCGUAAUCCCGUCGUUCGACUCUGUUUUCAACGGCUUUGUGGCGACACGUGCAGCGUACGGAUUUGUGCCGCCGAUAUUCUUGGAAGAAUGGAGUCGGGAUCCAGUCAAAGUUGCUCAUCUUACAACUCUGAAAGGCAUCGCUUUCGGUGGUGCACCACUCAAUCCGACUGUAGGGAAUUACCUGACAAACGAAGGGUGCAAGCUUCUCCUUUUAUAUGGAAUCACCGAAGCUGGGGUUCUCUCGAAAUUCUUCACCGUCGCUCUUGGAAGAGAUUGGCAGUACAUGAUGAUCAACCCCACUUUCACGCUGGAGUUAGUCCCAGAAGGCGACGGGACUUAUGAAGGCAUAGCAGUGGCAAACUUCCAUACGGAGCUCUCCAUCAUCAACACGAAACACAAAGGCAGAAAUGCAUACGCGACCAACGACCUCUUCCUUCCUCACCCAAGCGUUCCGGGUUUGUGGAGACUUGUCGGUCGUAAGGAUGAUCGAAUAGUGCUCUCAAGUGGAGAGAAGACAAAUCCAGGUCUUUUGGAAUCGGUGCUUGCUCGAGAUCCUCAUGUUAAGGCUGGUCUGUAUUUCGGCCAUGGUAGAUUCCAGAACGGUCUCCUUGUCCAGCUCAAACCACAGUAUAUCUUUCCUCCGAGCGAUCAAGCUUCGGUCAUAAAAUAUAGAUCAGUCAUCUGGCCUACUGUUGAGAAAAUGAACGAGCUCGCUAUGGGUCAUUCUCAGCUAUUCAAAGAGAUGAUCAUCUUUUCGGGCCCUUCCAAGCCGUUUUCAUUCAAUGCAAAAGGCUUACCCAGACGGGUUAUAGUUCUCAAAGAGUAUCAGGCAGAAAUCGACACGCUCUACGACACCAUGGAAGACAACAUAGAGAUAGGUCCUCCUUUAACUUGGUCAUCGAUGGCAUCACUUGCUUUCAUCAGGGCCGUCGUGAACAAUACCCUGAAUCAUCCCGUAGGGGACAAUGAUGAUGUUUUUGAGCAUGGAUGUGAUAGCCUUCGAGCCGCAAGGAUGCGUAACACUAUCAUUCACGCUCUGCGCACCACACAAGCUGAGAAGGUCAAACUGAUAAACCCAAACUUCAUUUAUGAUCAUCCGCGAAUCGCUGCUUUGGCGGAUUUUGUCUCGGACUCCGUCGAUACCCGGAAAAGCGACAUACGAUCUGCGAAGCUCGAGAAUAUUCAAGUAAUGCUUGAUCGUCACGCGUCAUCGUUUUCUCGUGCUGUCGUUCCUCGCCGAUCGACUCUUCAUUCGCCUGGGGACGUGAUUCUCAUUACAGGAACGACUGGAGGGCUUGGGGCAGCGACCCUUGUUAAACUCGCGGAUUCCGAAUCUGUACACAGGAUCUUUGUCAUAAAUAGAUCGGCGAAAGACGGUCGCAGCUUGUUGGAAAGGCAAGAAGAAGCACUGGAAUCUCGAGGAUAUGACCCGGCUAUCGCAUCGCUGUCAAAGAUGGUUUUAAUUGAAGCUGACCUGACAGAGCCCGGCUUUGGAAUCGAGGCGUCUAUAGAGAAAGAAAUUCAUGAUAGCGUGACCCAUAUCAUCCACAUCGCUUGGCGGGUGGACUUCAAUCUGCCGCUGUCCUCAUUCGAUGGUAUUUUGAAGAGCAUGCGGAAUCUGAUUGACCUUGCUUUAUCAUCGCCGCAGUCUCAGACCCCCAAAUUCCUCUUUACAAGCUCAGUUGGUGUUCUCGGAAACUUACCCGGUACCGCAAACGGCAUUUUGGAGCAGCCUAUCGAUGACCCGAGCGGCGUUGUGGGACAAGGAUACUCUGAGUCGAAAUGGCUUGGAGAGCAAAUGUUAUAUCGUGCUGCCAAGGAGACGUCUCUACGUCCCUUAGUUGUACGCGUCGGUCAGAUUGCGGGUGGCGUCAAUGGGUCUUGGAAUACUUCUGACUGGAUACCCGCAAUCGUAAAGUCUAGCAGAGCUCUGGGGUGCUUGCCAGAGUUCAAAGGAACGAGUACAUGGGUUCCUCUAGAUACUGCUGCUAGCGCCAUCGCAGAUUUGAGAAGUGCAUCGACACCGGCAUUGACAGUUCAUUUGGUUCACCCAAGACCGACUGUUACCCGGAAGAUUUUCCAGACAAUGGCGCAGUACCUUGGCGUUCCUCUUCAACCUUUUGGGGAAUGGCUAGGUGCAUUGGAAGUUGCUGCCGAAAACCCCAAGAUUUCUUCGGAUGACAUACCGGCCCUGAAGUUGUUGCAAUUCUUCCGCAACGGUAUCCGAAGUGAGGAAGAGGGGAAAGAACCCAUUGGUAUUCCGGCGAUAGACUGUUCGGUGGCGGAACGAGCGUCUACACACCUUCGGAACGCAAAGUCUAUUCAAAAAGAGGACGUGCUGUCAUGGCUACAAUAUUGGACGAGUGCUGGAUUUUUGCCGUAG